AUGUACCUCAUCAUAUAUCUCCCGCUCAGUUCAUUCGAUGCCUAUUGCGACGACUAUGGCCGGUGUAAACAUGCGCUUGAAAGAGGAGCGCUUCGUGAGCUGCACUGGCAUAUCACUGCAGAGUGGGCCUAUGUUCUGGAGGGAAGCUGUCGUGUUGUUGUUGUGAAUUCUGAGGGUCAGAACUACAUCGCUGAUGUCGAGAUCUUGGUACUUCCCUCCUGUAUUCCGCAUGUGAUUCAGGGCUUGAACGAUACCGCUGAUGGCUGCGAGUUCCUCCUUGUAUGUCUUCGACGACGGAGAGUUCAGCGAAGACUCCACUUUCUCAGCUACGGAAUGGAUGGCCCUGUUCCUAAGGAAGUCUUGAGCAAGAACUUCCAGGUCAACGCCUCUGCCUUUGAUCACAUUCCAGACCGUCAGCUGUGGAUGCUACCGAGUGCCAUUCCAACAGGCAGCGCUGAGGAGCAAGGACAAGGCCAACUCUACCAAGCUUCCCGCGGGACGGUCAAAGUUGUCGACUCACGUACAUUCGAAGUCAGCAAGACUAUCGCACUCGCGGAGGUCACUGUUGAGGUCGGCGGGAUGCGCGAGCUUCACUGGCAUCCAACUCAGCCUGAAUGGUCUACUUCAUGGCGAAGCACGCAUACAGUCUUUGCCGCACAGGGCAACGCACGAACCUUUAAUUAUCAAGCAGGAGAUAUUGGCUAUGUUCCUCCAUCUUUUGGGCACUAUGUCGAGAACAUAGGGAACACGACGCUCAAGUUCCUUGAGAUCUUCAACUCUGACAAGUAUGAGGAUAUCUCGCUCAACCAGUGGCUGGCCCUCACACCUCAGAUAUGGUCAAGUUUUGAUGCCAUCGCAGCGCGCCUUAGGCCCACUUACAGUUGA